CGCGCGCUGCGACUUCCGGGGGGACGCGGGAGGCCCCGAGGGGCGCGGAUUUCAGCGGGCUGUGUCUUCGACGUCUCAGUUGCUACGGAGAGGCCCCGAGCCCCCCCUCUGCCGGCCCUCAGCCCUCGGGAAAGCGCCGGGAAGGCGCUCGCGCUGUCGACCACUCGGAAUCCCUACAAAAACUGGGGAGGGGGCCCAGGCGCCCCGGGCAGCCCUCUCCACGAACUGCGCCGCGCGGUGCAGCGCCCCGCCUGUGCCCCGGGAGCGGCGCGGGAAGGGGGAGGCUCAGAGCAACAGGUGCCGCCCGAAGCCACUCCCGGAACCAGGGGACGGCCGGCAGGGACCCGAACCGGGGCCAGGACCCCGCGUCCUCGGAGCCUUCUUCCACGGCGGGCACCGUCGCCAGCGCGCCCGGGCCGUUUGGGGCAUGGAGCUGGCCGCCGGCAACCUCAGCGAGGGGAAUGCGAGCGGGCCCGAGCCCCCAGCCCCGGAGCCCAGGCCGCUCUUCGGCAUAGGCAUCGGCGUCGAGAACUUCAUCACUCUGGUGCUGUUUGGCCUGAUCUUCGCGUUCGGGGUGCUGGGCAACAGUCUGGUGAUCACGGUGCUGGCGCGCAGCAAGCCGGGCAAGCCGCGCAGCACCACCAACCUGUUCAUCCUCAACCUGAGCAUCGCCGACCUGGCCUACCUGCUCUUCUGCAUCCCCUUCCAGGCCACGGUGUACGCGCUGCCCACCUGGGUGCUGGGCGCCUUCAUCUGCAGGUUCAUCCACUACUUCUUCACUGUCUCCAUGCUGGUCAGCAUCUUCACCCUGGCCGCGAUGUCGGUGGACCGCUACGUGGCCAUCGUGCACUCCCGGCGCUCCUCCUCCCUGCGGGUGUCCCGCAACGCGCUACUGGGCGUGGGCUUCAUCUGGGCGCUGUCCAUCGCCAUGGCCUCCCCGGUGGCCUACCACCGCCGCCUCUUCCACUGGGAAGUCCGAAACCAGACCUUCUGCUGGGAAGAGUGGCCCAACCAGGGACACAAGAAGGCCUACGUGGUGUGCACCUUUGUCUUCGGCUACCUGUUGCCGCUUCUGCUCAUAUGCUUCUGCUAUGCCAAGGUGCUUAACCAUUUGCAUAAAAAGUUGAAGAACAUGUCGAAGAAGUCCGAAGCAUCAAAGAAAAAGACUGCACAGACAGUUCUGGUGGUGGUUGUGGUUUUUGGGAUAUCCUGGCUGCCGCACCACGUCAUCAAUCUCUGGGCUGAGUUUGGGGUUUUUCCGCUGACCCCCGCCUCCUUCCUCUUCAGAAUCGCUGCCCACUGCCUGGCGUACAGUAAUUCCUCGGUGAAUCCCAUCAUAUAUGCUUUUCUCUCCGAGAAUUUUAGGAAGGCUUAUAAGCAAGUGUUCAAGUGCCGCACUCACAGUGAAUCGCCUCUUAAUGAUACUAAAGAGAACAGAAGUCGAGUAGACACCCCGCCAUCCACCAACUGCACUCACGUGUGAGAAAAGCAAUAGCGCUCUUGGGGAGUUUCAAUAUGUGUGCACCAGACACAAAGCUGUAGGGGAGGGCUUGAGCAAGGCUGCAACUUCUUAUGCUCACCACCAUUCAUGUCAUUCCCAUUAAAUUACACUUGGUUUUUAAAAAAGUGCUUUGAUCUGUUUGGGAAAUCUCUAGGUCUAGUAAAGAUUAUUUCUAAAUUUUAUUUCGAAAACAAAAGGAGAUGCUAUGUAGUUUCAUACUUCUACAGAAAUGAAAGUUUAGUAGAGUUCCCUAGAUAUGAUCAGUUCUUCACAGAAUGAGGACUAAGGACCUAUAUAUUGUUGGGAAUAUUGGCAAUCUACAUUUUGAAGCAACUUUAUUUAGAAAAUACAGCUACAUGUUGAUUCUUCAAUUUUAAGAAAAGAGGUGAUAUUGUAAGGUGUGUGUUUUAGAAUGUGAUCACGGACACGUGAUGAAAGUUUUACCUGAAUUUAAUUUUUGUGGCUGUUUGUAGAGAGACACAUCUAUUAAGUGGAAGUAAGACUUGCCAAGCUUAUUUGCACAGGCUGCAUUUGCUGCCAACUGUAAAUAGGGAGCAGGGUUUCUGGGGAUGAGCUGCUCCCGCCUGUGGUCUUGAGGUCCCUUAAGUAUCUUCAGACAUCAGCAGCUGUGUAGCAGUGACUCGGCGUGGCAGCCGUGGGUGCCGUCCUUACAACUAUCCUGUGACGUAGGCUUUGUAGAAUUAACCGGAAAAAAAAAUCAGGGAAAAAAAUGCCAAAUACAACUAUUCUGAUAGUAGAAGCUUCAAGUGAGAUUCGAGAAGGAAACUGGUCAUUACAAUUUUACAAAUCUACUUGCCUGGGGUAUUAGCUGUGCCUCGAAUGGAACUGAGCCAAAAGAUAGUUAAAAAAUAAAUCAGUGAGGACACUGUGUAAAUAACGAUUUCUAUGGGGCCAGAGAGAAGUCAGAAUUCAGUGAGCCAUGUGUGGCAAUGGGUGUGUCACGUGCAGAAACCAUACUCAACGUCUGAUUCAGAAAACGUUUGAAGAAAAGGAAUCUUCUGAACAGGUAUACCCAGGGAUAUAUGUUGUACAAACAAAUGCUUUUUUCAUUAAGUUUGUAGUAAUGUUAAAUGCACAUUUACCCAAAAUAUUACUUCCUCUGGAAAUGUCACUUUGAGGUUAAAAUGAUCACAAGCUGAAUUUCAGAUGUGGGUUUCACAACAAUUUCAUAUUUAUUCAUGUUUACAAUGAAAAAAAAAGGGAUGAAAAGAUUAAAUUAUCUUAGGACAGUAGUUUUCAGACUACAGGACUUUGAUAUAUUUUAGAAUACAAAAACAAGACUUUUUAAAAACAGGAUUAGCAUAAUGUACACCUGUGUCAAAUCAAAAUUCCA